UUGCAAGCGAGGAGUCAGCCCCCGGCAGGGGUAGGGUCUCAGCACCAGGUUUUGCUUGCCCAGUGGUGGGAGAGGAAGCCCCCAGCACCCCCGUGGCUCCCCUGCCAGCUUCUCUGCUGACAGAGGAGAGGUAGAAGGUGGAUAAGGGCAGUCAGCUUCUCUGAGCUGAGCUCUGAGGGGAGAGCAGCGGCAGGAUUUCAUUAGCCUGCCUCUUAAGGCAGUGAAGUCUUCAUCCCCUCCCACGCUCCCUCCCCAGCCCAACCUCAUCCGGCGCAGGGGUGGUGGGACCUGAGCCUUCGUCUAGAGCUUCCCAACAAGCCCCAUGAAUCCCUACAUCAACUGCUCUGGCCCUGAGUUUUCCCUGCCCCAGCAAGACUUUCCCGUGGAGCCUGUCAGCCCUGACCUCUGCAACAGGACUCACCCAGAAACCUUGUUUGACCCCAAGGAUGCCAACCUGACAGAGGAGCAGCUGCGGGACAAGUACCUGGGACCUCGACGGUCCAGCUUCUUUGUCCCAGUGUGUGUCAUCUACCUGUUGAUCUUCAUGGUGGGGGCUCUGGGCAACACACUCACCUGCAUUGUCAUCCUCCGGCACCGGUUCAUGAGAACGCCCACCAACUACUACCUCUUCAGCCUGGCCGUGUCUGACCUGCUGGUGCUGCUGCUGGGGAUGCCGCUGGAGCUGUAUGACAUGUGGAGCAACUACCCCUUCCUGCUCGGUGCCAGCGGCUGCUAUUUCAAGACACUGCUCUUUGAGGCUGUCUGCUUUGCCUCCAUCCUCAACGUCACAGCCCUCAGUGUUGAGCGCUACAUCGCUGUGGUGCACCCGCUCAAGGCCAAGUAUGUGGUGACCAGGAACCACGCCAAGAGGGUCAUUGUCACCAUCUGGGUCUUGUCAGUCAUUUGCUCCAUCCCCAACACCAGCCUCCAUGGGCUGCAGCCUCUCUAUGUGCCAGGACGGGGGCGAGUGCCUGAUUCGGAGAUCUGCACCCUGGUGAAGCCGCGCUUGACCUACAACCUCAUCAUCCAGAUUACCACCAUUGUCUUCUUCUUCCUGCCCAUGGGGACCAUCAGCAUCCUCUACCUACUUAUUGGCCUGCAGCUUAAAAAAGAAAAGAUGCUGGAGGCCUUGGGAGCCAAGUCUGGUGGCAGCCAUGACUGCCACAACACCCAGGGACAGAAGAAAGUCAAGAGGAGGCAGGUCACGAAGAUGCUGUUUGUGCUCGUGGUGGUGUUUGGGAUCUGCUGGGCCCCCUUCCACACUGACCGCCUUGUCUGGAGCUUCGUCUCCACCUGGACCACCCAUAUGCUCCAUAUGUUCCAGUACGUCCACAUCAUCUCGGGUGUCUUCUUCUACCUGAGCUCAGCUGCCAACCCCAUUCUCUACAACCUGAUGUCCACCCGCUUCCGGGAGAUGUUCAAGGAGGUGAUGUGCCACCCCGGCCACCACGUGCUGUGGUCACGGAAAUACUCUCCCAGCAUCACCCACGCCACCACCCGCAGCACCGAAUGCGAGCCCAUGCCCAGCACCAAUGGGCUGCCCCUCUCCGAUGCUGAGGAGUAUGAGCUAGAGAAGGUAGAGAGGGGCCAGGACACCACCCAUGCAACAUCCCUCUGCUGAAGAGUGUGAGGAUGCAGGGGAGCUAUGACCACCUUUCCUCCCCACCAGCAUCCAUCUGACCAUGGCACCCAUCUGGUGAUGGGGAGCAGGGCAGGAGCCAUGCAGGAGUCCCCACCUCUCUGUGCAAUCCUGGCAUCCUGGCAUAGCAGUGGUGGCCAUGCUGUGCCCUGGAUGUGUUGCGCCUGCUGCACUCAGCACUGGGCUGGCCAAAGCGAGGGCAUCACUUGUGUGGGAAUGACUGGCUUCUACAGCAGGGAUAUGCCAGCAAACCUCCAAAACAUCCCAUCCCUCCCAGCCCAGUGAGGUGAACCCACGGGUGCAGGUGUUGGGGGUGUUAGGCACCCCAGGCUAUUUUGAGACACCACGCUGGGAUAGGACCCCAAGAGGCACUCAUGCUCAGGCUGACACCCAUGGAGGUGGGAGAGGUUUGCAUGGGAUGGAGUGGGUUAAAAAUGGUCUAUGGGUGCCUUCUCCCUGGAGACCUCCCCAGGCCCCUCUGGCACUGAUGUGCCCCUGAUUUUCUUGCACUUCAGUGGUGCCAACCGGUGUGUGGCUGCAGGGUGCCAGUACAGGUCCUUGCUCCCAGCCUUCCUCCCACCUGUCAUCUGCAGCCCCUGAGGCCAAGAGAAGCAUCACAGCUGCUCCCUCCAGAAUUGGAGCCUGUGGGGGGGAAAACACAGGACAAGAGGAGCCCCAGGCUGUCUGUAGUGCUGAGGCACAGCUCAAUGCCUGUAUCCCUGCCCCAUGAAUACACACUGCUCUCUCCUCUCUGACCUGCAUCUGGUGGGUGCCCCUCUCUCUCAGCCCGCCGUGGCCCCCUGCACCCUUGGGGAAUGCAGAGAGCCCUCCUCCAUCCCUGCCCUGCAUGGGCCUUAUUGAGAAUUAAAAAAGGCGUUGGCCUGA